AUGAAUGCUAAUGAUGAACUGAGUAAGAUAGACUGUAUGAAGAACGGGUUCCUAGUGAUACCCUUCAAACUCCCAGAAGUAUUAAAGAAACCAAUGUUGAAAGAUGCGUUCCAUUACAUGUUCAUUAAGAAACAUCAAACAAAACAAGAAAGUGAGAUGAAUAGUCUUUUCGUGGUCAAUAUUCCUCUUUUGACAAACUUAGAUAUAAUGAAAACUGUUACUGCCAAGAUUUGUGAAAGAUAUGAUACUAUGGCACAUGUGGAAAAUCUGCUAUAUAACGACGAAUUUGGCCUAAAUGAAAUUAAUCUUUCUGCUCUAACUUCAGAUUUAUUGACAGACACCAAUGAUCAAAGCGAAUCAAGAUUUACUCCAAGGAAUACUGCGCUGUUGAAAUUUAUUGAUGAAUCAAGUUUAAAUAAUUGUUUCAAUGCUUUGAAAAAAUAUUCUCAAAUUGAUAGAAAGAAGAAAGUGGAUGAGCUACUUGAAUGGGAAUUUACCAGCCCCUCCAUGAACACGUUUAUCAACUUCUAUAAACCGAUUGAUUUGGAAUAUUUGAAAAAUGAUGUUUAUGAACAUUUGAAGAUCUUUGAACAAAGAGAGUUAGAAGAACAGGAGAAUGUACAAAGUUCCAUUGUAGACGAAGAUGGGUUUACCUUAGUUGUUGGUAAGAAUACAAAAUCAUUAAAUUCUAUAAGGAAAAAGAUCUUGAAUAGAAAUCCACUAUCGAAGUAUGAAAAUAAAGUAUCCAAACAAAUGCCAAACGCUAUUGAUAAAAAGGCAAAACAAGACUUCUAUAGAUUUCAAGUCAGAGAACGUAAGAAACAAGAAAUUAAUCAGCUACUGAAUAAAUUUAAGGAAGAUCAAGAGAAGAUUAAGGUCAUGAAGGCUAAAAGGAAGUUCAACCCAUAUAAAUAG